GCCGCCCAUUUGGGUGUUUCUCAGGAUUAUAGGUUUUUAGGUCACACAGAAACCCUGGGGAACGCCUGAAAAGGCUAAACACAAGCAGUUACAUUAUGCACAAGCUGGAUGACGUGACCCCACUGCUGCUUGUGGAGAGGGAGGCUGCUGAACCCGAGCUGGUGUGAGCUUCUCUUGCCGCAAGUCCACGGGUGGCCAGGAGCACGUGUUAGUCUGGUUAAGAGCUCUGCUCAGAAGUAGCCGCUGCAGCUGAAGGUUUUCAGGCGGGCUGAAGGCUGGGCCGCUUCUUCAUUCAUUUCAGAAACUUGAACAGUGGGCCUUCUACACACGCUGUCUUUGUCAGCCUCAGGCAGUUCCUCCAUGGAUGAGACACAGGGGCCUCUGGCUAUGACUGUCCAUCUUCUUGCCAACUCUGGGCACGGCUCGCUUCUGCAGAGGACUCUGGACCAGCUCCUGGAUUGCAUUUGCCCAGAGGUCCGGCUCUUUCAGGUGUCUGAACGGGCCAGUCCUGUGAAAUACUGUGAAAAGUCCCAUUCCAAGCGGUCCCGGUUUCCAGGGAUGUCCGUGUUGCUCUUCCUGCACGAAAGCCCGGGAGAGCAUCGGCUAUUUCGCGUCCUGGACUCUCUCCAGCAUUCGCCAUGGCAGUGCUACCCCACCCAGGACACUCGGGGAAGGCUGUGUCCCUACUUUUUUGCCAAUCAGGAGUUCUACAGCCUGGACAGUCAGAUGCCCAUCUGGGGGGUGAGGCAGGUGCACUGUGGCUCCGAGAUCUUGAGGGUGACGCUGUACUGCAGUUUUGAUAACUAUGAAGACGCCGUCAGACUCUACGAGAUGAUCCUGCAGAGAGAAGCGACCUUGCAAAAGAGCAAUUUUUGUUUCUUCUUGCUCUAUGCCUCCAAGAGCUUUGCUCUGCAGCUCUCCCUGAAGCAGCUGCCCCCGGGAAUGUCAGUGGACCCCAAAGAGUCUUCGGUGCUGCAGUUUAAGGUUCAAGAGAUCGGCCAGUUAGUGCCUCUGCUACCCAAUCCAUGCAUUCCUAUCAGCAGCACCAGGUGGCAGACUCAGGACUACGAUGGCAACAAGAUUCUGCUUCAGGUCCAGCUGAAUCCAGAACUUGGUGUUAAGAAUGGCACCUUGGGAGCUGGCAUGCUUCCCCUGGGCUCCAGGCUGACUUCUGUCUCUGCAAAGAGGACCUCAGAACCCAGGAGCCAGAGGAACCAGGGCAAGAGGUCCCAGGGGCAUUCUCUGGAGCUUCCUGAGCCCAGUGGGAGCCCCACAUCAGACAGGUGUGCCGGCACUUCGUGGAAAAGCCCUGGCCGGUCAUUCCAGGUCAGCAGCCCAGCUAUGGGUGCCCACCUGCACCUGUCUUCUCAUCACCUUGAAUCCGGGGCCAGAAUGAAGGUCCUCAACCGGGAAAACAGCUUUCAGAAGCUUGAGGCCGAGACGAAUGUUGACACUGGGUUGACCAUCAUAAAUUCUGAACCCAGGCAGACUUAUUUUGGCGGAUUUCCAAGGGAUUUACAGACCAGCCAGCCACCAUUCUGCUUGCCAGCCUCUUCCUUGGGGGUGGCUACCUCCAAAAACAACAGUGUCCUUAAGGGAAGAGUCUCUCCUUUGCCACUUGCUGGCCAAAGGGACCUUGGUACCAGGAAGACAAUUUCAGAAUGUCUCCUUCAUCUGCAAGUUCAGGGUGAAGAAAAAGAAGAAGAUGAAGAAGAAUUCUUUAUAUAGCAUAAAAUAAAUGUGGUUUUCUAAAACACAAGAUCAGACAAAAUGUUCUAGAAAUGGAGUACUGACCCAGAAUCAGCCUGUUAGUUGUUCAUCUGAGGGGGGCUGAAUGCUCCCCAUGCACAAUCUGUAUUGAUUUUAUUUCAAAUGUUCAAAGUCUAAAGGUGCUGGGAAUGAUUGUUUAUUUGCCAUCACAGUCAUAAGAGAACACAGCCAACACACAGGGAAAAAAACCGAAUGCUUUUGUUCCCUGGAGAUGCACUAACCCAGCUGGAUGUGUUGAAUCCAGCAUCUAUCAGGAUAAUUGCAUUGUAUGCCAAUGAAUCGGUAUGUUAUACAACACUAAUUAGUGUCUGUAAUUUGGUUUUAAUUUUUGCUUAGGUUGCAUAGCUCAUCCCCCUGGACAAUAUGGACUAUUUAUUCUUGAAUGCUUUUUAAUUUUCAUGUGACCUCUUUUGGUGACUAGGCCUUGUUCACAUACCCUCCUUGUGAUUUUGCCUUUAAAGUUGUUUGUAUCUGGAGUGAGUGAAAAUGCAAAGUGUUUUGAAAAUUAUAAACAGUUAAUUUUGUUUUCCUGUUUAAUGAGCCAAAAUACUGGAAGCCAGAAAAUCAGGUUAAACAUGAAUGCUAGGCUCUAGGGCUUUCCUGCUUGUCUGCUUCUCAUUUGUUUCUGCAGUAUGUCAAAGAGGACAGUAGUUCUUGUUACAAACCAAAGAGGAACAUUGAGCACAGUGGGAAAAUUGGACUGGUUGAUCUGGCCACUGGAGCAGGACUUGGGUUCUUCUGGCCAGAUUUUGACUCCCAGAUUCCUUUACAAAAUGCACUCAUUCAUUCAUUUAUAUAUGUUCAUUCAAUAAACAUUUUAUGAAUACCUACAUUUGAAUAAGACAUUGUGUAUAUGGUACAUAUACAUUCUGGGGCCAUGAAACCCAAAAAGUGUAUAUGGUUUCACUGCUCUGAUAAAUUCAUUCUACCAACUUUUAAAAAGAUACUGAAUUCCAAAUAUAUUCCUCCAAAAACUUUUUCCACAGUUGAGGCCCACACUGGCCACAUAAUGGUGUAAUAAGCAUUUGCAACCUGCAGAUGGAGACUGGGCAUAUUAUGAAUUGCAAUGGACAAAUUCUCGUUGCCCAUAUGCUGAAUUUUUUGGUUAUGUCUGUACACACAUUUUUAAAAAACCCGAGGCCUGUGUUUCAGUUCAUUUAUAAGGUUAUUCAAUUCCACGAACUUCACUCUCAGAACAGAUGUUACAUAAGAGUGUAAAUGUUGAUUUAGCUGGAUCUUUUGGAGACUUGGAGACUUACUACACCUAACUAGAGACAGAGAUGAGUUCAGUCCUAAAGUCAAAUCUUGCAAAAGUGAGUCUAGGCUGAUUUUGGGUGCUCUUCUCGGCAAAAGGGAUAGAAACGGAGGAGAGUUGUAAAUGGACAAAGACAAGACUCCUCAAUUGAUAUUUUUUGUCCUUAAAACAUCAACAUAUUCUCAUUCCCAUUUUGUCUCUCUCUCCCCUAGACUACAAUUUGAUUUUAGAAAAUGGGAUGAAGAGCUUAACUUUGGUAUAGCUUUCUGUAAUAAGAGUUAAAAAAGGAAGUUGAACUACUGAACUUUGAAUAAGCACAGCAGGAAGAAGUUUUGAAAUUUCCUUCCCACUUUUUUUUAUGUUAUCUAAAUUUUCUUAAUAUAAUACAUGGGUAAGAAUAAAAGUACCUGAAAAUUAUAAAGAAUAUUGAGAAAUGUGAAUCAGGCACCUUACAAAAUUGACUUGUAAAAUAAUAUACCCUUAAAAUGUCAUCUAUUCUAUCCUACUUGUAUUAUUCAGGGUUCCCUAGAGGAACAGAACUAAUAGGAUAGAUAGAUGUAUAUAUGAAAGGGAGUUUAUUAAGGAGUAUUGACUCACACAAUCACAAGGUGAAGUCCCACAAUAGGCUGUCUGCAAGCUGAAGAGCAAGGAAGCCAGUCCAAGUCCCAAAACCUCAAAAGUAAGGAAGCUGAUAGAGCAGCCUUCGGUCUAUGGCCGAAGGCCCUAGAACCCCUGGCGAAUCACUUGUGUAAGUCCAAGAAUCCAAAGCUGAAGAACUUGGAGUCUGAUGUUCAAGGGCAGGAAGCAUCCAGCACAGGAGAAUGAUGAAGACCAGAAGACUCAGCCAGUCUAGUCCUUCCACAUUCUUUUGCCUGCUCUAUUUUAGCCACACUGGCAGCUGAUUAGAUGGUGCCCACCCAGAUUGGGGGUGGGUCAGCCUCUCCCAGUCCACUGACUCAAAUGUUAAUUUCCUUUGGCAACAGCUUCACAGACACACCCAGGAACAAUACUUUGCAUCCUUCAAUCCGAUCAAGUUGACCCUCAAUAUUAACCAUCACACUACUCAACACAGGAAUUCAAUUUACAACAUGAUGGGAUGGAAAUACCAGUGAACUGGGUGGGGGGGCCCGGAUUUUGGUUUCACUUUUUAAAUUUACUAUUGAUGGGACCUUGAGCAUGUCAGGCUCCUUGGUCCUCUGUUGCUUUAUCAACUGUAACAAAAGAUUGGUAGGGGAAUCAAGAUGAUGUAUAUGAAAGCAUCUGGAUUUCAUGAAGCAUUAUAAAUGUGUGAGUUUUUUAUGAUUAUUGUAUUAUAUUGUAUAUUAUAUAAUAUAGUGUAUUAUUAAUACCAUUGGUCCUUCGGACCCACAGUUUAAAAAUAUCAUGAGAACAAAGGACUUCUUUUGAAACAAGUUUUAGUGAAAUCAAUGAGGCAACAAAAAAUAAAUCCACCUUUCUAAGAUUUGUACUACAUGUGCCAUUUACUUUAUGUUUCUAUAGCUAAGAGGAAAAUUAUUUAUAACAAAUAAUCAAAUGCAUCCCAAAGUUCAAUAGAGAUUAUAUACAACAGGGAUAAACUAUGAACUAGCUCAAUCCAAUUUAUCAAAUUAAUUAGACUUAAUUAAAUUAUACGGUAUUACCUAAAAUGUAUAAUGUGUCACUUUUUAAAUCUGAAAGUCUUCUGAUGAUCAGAAUACUUUAUUUUUCUAUAAAUAAAAUCCACAUCUAUUGUGAGUUCAGUCCUAGACUGCUGCAAUAAAGCAGAUAUUGCAAUAAAGCAAGUCCCAUGAAUUUUUUGGUUUCCCAGUACAUAUAAAAGUUAUGUUUACAAUAUACAGUAGCCUAUUAAGUGUGCAAUAGCAUUAUGUCUGAAAAAAACCAAUGUACAUACUUUAAUUAAAAAAUAUUUUAUUUCU